UCAGCGCACAAGUCGCGCCGUUCGUUCGAGUAUCAGUGCUCGUUUGUGACUCGGCUAGCGAAGUGUGGUGCACAGGCUCACAUUCGUUCGAAGAAAAUUUGAGCUUGUUUUCAAACGUCUGCUUUAAUAGUAGAUUUGUGUUAUCGUACAGUUGUAGAUAAACCACAUUCACCCACAAAACAUCAACCAUCAUGUCUUCCCGCAAAACGGCCGGACGUCGCGGUACGACCAAGAAGCGUGCCCAGCGUGCCACCUCCAACGUUUUCGCCAUGUUCGAUCAGGCCCAGAUAGCCGAGUUCAAGGAAGCGUUCAACAUGAUCGACCAGAACCGGGACGGUUUCAUCGAGAAGGAAGACCUGCACGAUAUGUUGGCCUCGCUGGGUAAAAAUCCAACCGAGGACUACCUGGAGGGGAUGAUGAAUGAGGCACCGGGACCGAUAAAUUUUACCAUGUUUCUGACGCUGUUCGGUGAACGGCUGCAGGGAACCGAUCCGGAGGAUGUGAUCAAGAACGCGUUCGGGUGCUUCGAUGAGGAGAACACCGGUAUGCUGAAUGAGGAACGGUUGCGCGAACUGUUGACCACGAUGGGCGAUCGGUUCACCGAUGAGGAUGUGGAUGAAAUGUUCCGUGAGGCGCCGAUUAAGAACACUAUGUUCGAUUACAUCGAGUUUACCAGAAUUCUGAAGCAUGGUGCCAAGGAGAAGGACGAACAGUAAUUUAUUUAUCCGUUUUUUAUUUUGAUUGUAUUCUCUUGUUUACCCGUUUAGUUAGAGAUGUUCUUCCUUCCUAUCCUAUUUGUGCUUCAACCCUUUACUUUUCCAAACCUAUCAUCAGUAUUCCUAUUUUUUAAAAAAAAAGGUUGAAAGUUUAGCAUUUAUCCCUCCUUUCCCUCGCUCGGCGUAUAAAUUGUGAAUCCGAACGCAACCAGGCACCGUUUUUUGCACAACCGAUCAUCUAUCUUUUAUCGAGAGCUAAAGAAACAGUUUUUUGAAUAUAUUUUAUAUCACGUAAGGGAAAAAACCCUUCUCGUGGCUGA